AUGUGUUAUGACAGCGGUGAGACUAUUGAAUGUAGGGGACGUUGUAGGGUGGUGCUUGUGGAAAUGACAAUAGUAGUGGUAGUUAUAGGUGGGUGGCAAUUGCGGGAUAAAUUGAGGUCGUGCAAGGUUGAGUUUAUGGGUUGCGAAAUUGUUAACUUGGGAAAGAGGUUACGAGCUAUUAAGGAGAUGGAUGCAAUAGGGGGAAAAGCUGCAAGUGGAGGAAGAUUUUGUCUUGUAAAGCAGGCUGAAAUUAUUGACUUGGGAAAAACAAGUUGUUUGGAUUUUGCAGGAGUAGGAUGGUAUCGGUGGAGGUCGUAA